AGGGGGCAGUCAGAGCCAGACAGCAGGACCUCCAGGAAAAAAUGAAGAUGUGCUUGGCAAAGGCAAACAUUCAGAAAAAGGAGGACAAUAGGACGACCGACAAUGACAAGACUGCCGUCAAGCAGAAGGACUUGGCAGAGGUGGAAUACAGAUUUUUUUCCAGAGGCGUUGCUGAUGCGAAGGAUCAAGGAGAUGACAUCGAAGAAGAUGAGGCCGGAGAUACGGAGGUGGAAGACGCCAGCGACGAAGAGCAGGAGGAAGCGAAGACAGCUGAUGUCACUGAGGCCGGAGAUACGGAGGUGGAAGAUGCCAGCGACGAGGAAGACGAAGAGCAGGAGGACAAAGCGAAGACAGCGGAUGUCACGCAGGAAGCCGAGGAGUCGGAGGAGGAUGGUCGCGAUCGUCGCGAUCGUCGCAAUGGUCGCGAUCGUCGCGAUCGUCGCGAGGUGAAGAAGGUCGGAGAGCAGAGGAACGAGAAGGAGACUCACCAGCGGCCCCGUCAUCGGCAGCGGCGCGAUUCGAAAGCACUGCACGAUUCAAAGGGACGCAAGUCACCUCCGGCAGGGGCCAAGCAGGAGCAGCGAAGACGCCGAAGGAGGAGCCGAAGACGAGAGCCUCGGUCUCGCAGAAGAGAAAGAAGGAAGGACGAGGACGAGGAGAGAAGGCCGAGGCAGCAAGAAGUGGAGGAAGCCAGAAGAAAGAAAGAAGAGGAACAAAGACAACGAGCAGAGGAAGAUGAGCGCAGAAGAAAGUUGGAGGAGGAAGCUAGAAGAAAGAAAGAAGAGGAACAAAGACAACGAGCAGAGGAAGAUGAGCGCAGAAGAAAGUUGGAGGAGGAAGCUAGAAGAAAGAAAGAAGAGGAACAAAGACAACGAGCAGAGGAAGAUGAGCGCAGAAUAAAGUUGGAGGAGGAAGCUAGAAGAAAGAAAGAAGAGGAACAAAGACAACGAGCAGAGGAAGAUGAGCGCAGAAGAAAGUUGGAGGAGGAAGCUAGAAGAAAGAAAGAAGAGGAACAAAGACAACGAGCAGAGGCAGAAGAGCUCAAAAAGUUGAAAGAGGAAGUUAGAAAAAAGAAAGAAGAGGAAAAAAGACGUCAAGAAGAGGAAAAGGCGGCCAGAUCGGAAGAGGAAGGAAGUUGGUCGCCACAGGAUGGCCAAGACCAAGAUGAAGACAAAGAAGAGAACAAAGUCGCCAAAAGGCGAAGAACAAAGCAGGCGCGGCGCUUGACCAAGGCCAACGAAAGAAGGAUUAUGCAGGGCUGGACCUGGAGGAAUCAGUUUCAAGAAGCGCUUGCACCAGAGGCGAAGAAAGAAAAACAAGAAGAAGCUGAAGAGGCUGAAGAGGUGCUACGUCAGAAAGCCGAUGAGGCGGAACGAAAGCGACAGCAAAUGAUGGAGGAGGCGCGUCAACGUGAGAAAGCCCAAGCAGAAGAGAAACGGAGAAUGCAAGAGGAGGCUUCUCAAGGUGAAAAGGUCGAAGAGGAGGAAAGACGGAAGCUGGAGGAGGUACCGCGCAUCCAAGAAGCUGCUCAUAUGCCUCACAUGCUUCAAGUACCUGCGCAAAUGCGGCCACCUACUCGGCCAAAGGCGCCAUAUCCGUCCGGCAUACGUCUCCGGGUCUUUGAGAAGGCAGGUGCUCGCGAACUCCCGGAGAGACGGAUUGUGAAGCAAGCGUUGACGUUUGGCACUGGCGGCCAUUGCGAUGUGGUUCUACCACCUGGCCCUGGAGUGCAGGGUGAACACUUGAAGCUGGGCCACCACGAGCUCAAGGGCUGGAGCUUGCAGCCAAUUUCAGGAAUCAGUGUGCAAUCCGCAGUAGCGUGUUAUCCAGCCCUUCUGGAGAAGUUGCAGCUGGAGUGUCAGAGCUUGCCCCAGGGACAAAAGAAAGAUGAGGUCAUCGAUCUGUUGUACAGGUUGAGCAAAGACGAGCGGACCAGCCGACUCACUCAAGGUGGUGAAGGGCGUCUCAAGUUGUCUGAAAACCUCUGCGUCUUCACCCUUGGCAAUGCAAAGACUCCUAAGCGGCUCUACUUUCUCGACCUGAUCUUCGGGGAAUUGCUGAAAGAGGACCCACUGAUGGAUCUGGCCGAAGUUGCACCAGUCCCAGCAGCGCCUAAGGAGGUGCCCCAGAUGGCAGAAAUCCAGGUCCAAGGUCCGGAGGCAGGUCCGACAGAGAACACUGUGGAUCGCGGGUCGCAGUUGGACGAGGAGGACGAGGAGGACGACGAGGAGGAGGAGGAGAGGCUUGGACAUGACGGUAAGCCUUGGUGGCAUCCAUGGAAGAUGAUCGAGCUUGGACAUGACGGUAAGCCUUGGUGGCAUCCAUGGAAGAUGAUCGAGUUGCAACGAAUUCUGUGGUGCCCCAGAUGGCAGAAAUCCAGGUCCAAGGCAGAGGAAGCGCCUUGCGACCCGGCCGACCCAGCCCAGGAAGACAUGCAGGUCAGUGAGACAGUUGAGCAGAACCAAGCAGCUCCGACAGCGCAGGACGUUCCCUCGGAGCCAGACGCAACGCACGCGGAUGCGGACACGGUGGAUGCCAUGCAGUCGAUGACGGCUCCCGUCCCUGAUGAAACGCCCAGCAAAGCACAGCAGGUUGAGACGCUUCAUGCAGCAGAUGGGGAGCUGCUGUGCGAGGACGUGGAAGAUGCACGGCCAGAUCACGAUGACCAGAGCCACACGCGACAAGAGGACCCGGAGCAAGUUGAAGCAAAGAUGGGUGAAGAGCAACAAGAGGACACCACCGUUGAGGCCCAACAAGAUGCAGAGAUGCCUGCUCUCAGCAAAGAAGUCUUGGGCGGAGAGGAUCCUUUCGCAGAGGACGACGCCAGCGGCUCGGAGCACGUGUCGCACGUGUCGGAGGUGACGCAGGAAGACUCGCCGAAAGAUGCAGAUGUCAAGGACUUGAAGGAGUCUGGCCAAGGGCAAGAAUGA